UGUUUGAUUUGAUGUGAUAUCUUGCUUUCUUUUGCUCUGUACUUUUUUUUUUACUUUUUAUUAUUUUCCCAAGCUCAAAACUUACAACUAUACAUUUAAUUUGAAGUUACUAAUUACGAUUGUUUCAUCUUCAUCGUUUCUCUCUCUUCAAACACACUCAACAGUUUGAGCAUUCAUUCAACAACUUCAACUCGCCGCCGUACAGCAGAACCGAAGUGCCACUGCGUUUGCCGAAAUACGGCGACAGUUCGUCGGAGGUUGUACAAACGACGGAUGUAGAGAGAGAAGAACGCCAUGAAGAUCUGAGAAGGAUGAUGAUUGUGACAGUUAAUAAAAUGUUGAAGGUGAAAGAUGACGCCGGACAUCCGAGAGAUUUAGUGGCGGUUUGUUGUUGAAGUAAGCUCCGAUUGUACGACGAUUGUGGUGCUUCAGAUGGUGGUUGUGUGGCAGAGGAAGAUAUGGUGGUUCUGGUGUUUUGACGGUGGUUAGGUCUUUAGAAAAACUAAGAAAGGAUGAGGGAGAUAAGAAGUAAUAAAUUCAGGCUUUAAAGGGUGAAGAGUUAGUGGGUUUGCACAUAAAAUAUGCGUGGCCUAAGGAUAAUGUUAACAUCUGGUUAAUAAGCCCAAGAAAACAAUGUGCUGGCAAGGCUUAAAAACACUGUUCAUGAAGCCUUGCCAAUAAUAUAUAUAUAAUAUGAGAAAAAAUAAUUCAUAAAAUUACCAAAACAAAUAUAUAAAUAUUUGAGGGUCCAUAGGAAAAUGGCUGGGUGAAUAUAUUAGUUGGACUUUUAAUCAUUUCAUUCAAACUCUUAGAAAUGGAACUAAAUUCAGUAGCAAUUUAUCUCCUUUUAGUCAUUUUUACUUUUCUUGAUGCUGGCAAUGGGUCAAGAUUCAAUCAAGAAGCUGAAGACCCGAUUAAAAGAUCCGAUUUUCCACCCGGGUUUCUUUUCGGAGCAGCUACUUCUGCUUAUCAAGUUGAAGGUGCAUAUCUUGAAGAUGGAAAGUCUCUCAACAAUUGGGAUGAGUUUUGUCAUUCCAAAGGAUGUGCAGAAGAUGGCGAGAAUGGAGAUAUUGCAGAUGAUCACUACCAUCUGUUCAUGCAAGACAUUGAAAUGAUGCAUUCUCUUGGAUUAAAAGCAUAUCGGUUUUCAAUUUCUUGGAGUAGAAUUCUUCCAAGUGGAAGAUUUGGUGAAGUUAAUCCUCUAGGAAUCAGGUUUUACAAUAAUAUCGUUGAUAAUCUUAUACAUAAAGGAAUCGAGCCCUUUGUGACAAUUCACCAUAAUGAUCUCCCUCAAGAACUCGAAGAAAAAUAUGGCGCUUGGCUCGACCCACAAAUGCAGGACGAUUUUGUACAUUUCGCAGAAAUUUGUUUUAAAAGUUUUGGCGACCGCGUGAAAUACUGGGUCACCAUCAAUGAACCAAAUUUGGUUUCAGAAAUGGCUUAUGAAAGAGGGGAUUAUCCACCGAAUCGCUGUUCGCAGCCUUUUGGCAACUGUAUUGCUGGCAAUUCAGAUGUUGAGCCUCUUUUUGCUAUGCACAACAUGUUAUUGGCCCAUGGCAAGGCUGCAAAGCUAUAUCAUGACAAAUUUCAGCUAACACAGGGUGGAUUGAUAGGACUGGUUGCACAUUGUUUCAUGUAUGAGCCACUUACAGACAGCUAUUUAGAUCAAAAGGCUGCAGAAAGGGCCAUGCUCUUCAAUAUUGGUUGGUCAUUUGAUCCGCCUAUAUUUGGUGAUUACCCUCAAGUAAUGCGUGAAUAUCAUGGAAAUAAUUUACCAACAUUCUCGGCGGAUGAAAAAGAAUUUAUGAAGAACAGUAUUGAUUUUAUUGGAAUCAACCAUUAUUCAGCUAUAUACACCAAAGAUUGUAUGAAUUCUAGCUGCACAGAAACUGCUAAUCGUGCCAUCAAAGGUUUUGUGGAAAUUACUGGAGAGCGUAACGGUGUGCCGAUCGGUGAUCCGACAUCAAUGCCAAGAUUUUUUGUGGUUCCUAGAGGCAUGGAAGAGAUUGUUAACUAUUUCAAAACUAGGUACAAUAACACACCCAUGUUUAUCACCGAAAAUGGGUAUUCAUCACCACAUGUGCAGGAUGUAAAAGUUGAAGAGAUACUGAACGAUUUCAAGCGAAUUGAAUUCCAUCAGACAUAUCUUGCUUCUUUAGCUGAAGCUAUAAGGAAUGGAGCGGAUGUCCGUGGCUACUUUAUAUGGUCGUUGAUGGACAACUACGAAUGGGCUCAGGGUUACAAUAACAGAUUCGGGUUACACUAUGUUGACCGGGAAACAUUUGACAGGGUACCCAAAUUGUCAGGUAGAUGGUAUCAAGAAUUCUUGAAAGAAAACGGCCAUGUAGAUCUUUCAGCAAUCAGAACUGCAAAAUCAGCGCACAAGCAAGCAGAUUUUUAUGAUGUUUAAUUUCCAAAAAAAUAAAUAAAUUAUAUCUUAUUGAAAUACUAUACAUAUGGUUAUUGUAACAGAUGUAUUUGAACAAUGAACACAUUGGUUGAGUAUAUUAAGUCUGUUGAUGAUUAA